AUGCCCGAUGACAUCGAGUCAAACAUUUACCGUCUCAGGGAAGCGGAAUACCCUUCAACCACCGAGCAAACCUCGGAACCUCCCACGGCCACUGCCACUGUCAAAGCAAAGAAAGUUCCCGCGCAACCGAAACCCCGUCGCAGCAAAAAAGAUCCCGAGCCAGAAUAUUCUGAGCUGGUUAGGAAUGACCACAGAAAGAAGAAGGAGACCUCGGAACGAUCUCGCCAAGCCUGUGAUAGGUGCAGGAUAAGGAAAAUGCGCUGCCUUGUUGGAUCAGAUACCGCUCCAUGUUUCCACUGUCUUCAAGAUCACAAAGAAUGUUUUGUCACUGACCGCGGUACCAACCAAACCUUCAAACGCGGUGAGCCCGGAAGGAUGAAGCGUAAGAUUACUGAGCUGGAGGAGGAAGUUACUGGGCUACAGGAGAAAAUUCGCAAGCUGGAAGAUCAGGUUACUGGUUUCGAGGCAGCGUUUGAGAUCUCCAUUGCGAAUGAAACCCAUCUUAUGGCAAAGGUUGUCCACUUGGAGGAGAAGAAUGUUGCGCUUCUGAGUGGGAAUUUCGGGUGGAGAGAUGAUAUGAGAGUCCUCAGUCCCAUUUGGGUAAGGGAUUAG